CAGAGCUCAAUCAAUAUUUACAAGAGCCUCUUGUUACUAAUAGAGAGCUUGACAUAGUGGGUUGGUGGCAUACCAAUGGUCAAAAAUUUCCAACUCUUUGGAGGAUGGCUCGUGAUAUCUUGGCAAUUCCAAUGUCAACUUCUAUAUCAAAUUCUGCUUUCUAUAUUGAACCUAUGACAAUCAAUUCAAUCUUUGAUGGUUUGGAUCCGGAUAUCAUAGAGGCCUCGACGUGUGGGGGGGACUGGUUGGACAAUCCUACAAGGAUCACACCUAACAAGGACAAUGACCACUCUCCUGAACCUACUUAUUCUCCAUCGGUUUUUGCGGGGACUUAUUCAAGCUUGGAAACUCAGGAGAAGCAUGCUCCCUUUACUGCCGACACGGUACUCAUGCUUGGAAAUCCUGUUUCAACUUCGUGUCCUGACCCACUUCCAACUCGUACCGCGACUGAAGUGGUGGAUAUUCUUAGAAGAAAUGAGGCCCAGGGAUUACAGCAUAAUAGCAUGAGAUCUCAGGAAUAUUCUUGGUCUCCUCCCCCAAGCUCAUGGCUCAAAUUCAAUGUAGGUGCCGAAGUGCACGACUCCAACACUUUUUUAGCAGCGGUAGUGAGAAAUGAUGUAGGUGAUGUCGUUGAAGCAGGGAUAGCUUUGGAUAAUGUAACUAGCUCACUAGUGGCAGAAGCUCUUGCUUUCAAAUAUGCGAUGAAUUUAAUCAAACAAUAUUCAGUGCGAAAAGCCAUCAUAGAAGGAGAUGCACCGUUAGUAGUUAAUGCUUUGAAGGGCAGGAAAACAGACGCACCGUUGGAAAUUAAUGGUAUUGUUCAAGAAGUAUUUGCUGUGCUGGAUACUUGUACCGAUACGAUUGUGGAUUUCUCUUGCGUAAACAAAAGUUGUAAUUCCUUGGCUUAUGAUUGUAUUAAAUGGGCUACUAGAAAUAGGUUCUGGGGGAUCUUGCCCAUUAGUUGGUUUACUGGGGCUUCCUUUAUUGGCCCUACCUGUGUUUGACAGUAUGCUGGAGAGUGAUCUAAGCAUGUCUUUGUAAAGAUUGAUUGUACGCAUAGAUAUUGUGUUUCUGAGUGUUUAGAAGGGGAUCAAAUAAAUUUUUUUGUC